AUGAGGACAAUCUUCAUUUUAUUAUUAUUUUCUUUGUUGCCAACAAAAAAUGAGUCAACAAUAAAUAAAAAUAAAAAUGGAUAUUCAUCAAAAGUGAUGUUAAAACACGAAAUUAAUUCAUUUUUAAAUUCAUUCCAACAAAAAUACAACUCAUUUUUGGAGGUUAAAGAGGAAAAUAAAAUAAUUUGGGAUAAAAUAAUAGAAAAAAAUUAUUUUUUAAAAAUGUGCCUGAUUAGCGAGAAUUUAAAUUUGGAAAGUAAAAUUAAAGAAAUUAAAUCUGACAUAUCCCUUUUUCUUUCGAACGGGUAUCACGAGAAUAUCCCUUAUAUUAACACUCCAAGCAGAUUAAAAAUGGCAACGUUGGGGUUGAAUGAAUUGGAAUUAUUUGAUCAUAUGAUGGAACUUAUGCGAAAAUAUUUGGAUUUAUAUGAGGGAAAUAAUUUAAGCGAGGAGGAGAAAAAUUCCAAUUUUUCGAGAAAAAAAUGGGACUUGCCGAAGAGGUUUAAUGAUUUGAAAAUAAAUUCUUUGGAAAAUAAAAAAGAUUGGGAUAAAUCUGAUGAUGAGGAAGUUAUUAAGGAAGUUGUUAUUGAAACUAAAAUAGAAGGGAAACCUGUAGAGGAGGAAGAAGAUGGAAUUUUAAAUAUUGAAGAUUCUGAAGCUCCUCGGGCAUCAUCUUCAGAAACGGCAUACAGAACUCAUUCUCAUUCAAAUUCAAAAAACAAGGGAAAAGGUAUCGCUGUAUCCCCUCAGUACCUAAUUGGCACACUCUACCAUCUUCGCCGCGAAAUGAACGAAUUCACAAUGAAAACAAAAACAAAUUUGUGGGCAAGUCAAAGCCCAGAAUCACUUGAAAAGUUUAAAAUAAAUAUUGAAAAAGAUUUGGAAGAAAUAAAAAUAAUUAAGGAAAAUACUUUAAUUAAUAUUGAAAGGGAAGGGAAAAUUGAAGGAAUUAUUAAAGAAUUUAUGAAUAUUAAAAAAAUUAAUUCUUUUAAAGAAAUAAUCAGAUCUAAGGAUGAUCAAAAUUAUUUAAUUAAAAUUAUUAAUGCUAUUGUUCCUGAAGUAAAUUCAUGCAAGGAUGAUAUUUUGGUAUUAAAAUUUUUGAAUAAUUUUUAA